AUGAAAGCGAAUGUUGCCCCUGGAUCGCAUGCCCUGGCCAGGUUGAAGCGUCGCCUUUGGAGCCUUCCCUCUGCUUUGGUACUGCUCUGGAUUUUCAUUCUUUUCUGGGGGGAACGUCUGGUCUUCCAGCAGAGUGUCGCGCAGUGUCGCUGGCAGCAGUGGGAGUCAUGGCCAACUCAUGCUCACCCUCAUCACGUCCUUCUUGUUGCCGAUCCUCAACUUGUUGAUCCACACACCUAUCCUGGCAGACCCUGGCCUCUGUCUUCUUUGACGGUCCUCUACACAGAUCUCUACCUCCAACGCGCCUACCGAGUUCUGCAAGAACAGCUGCGACCAGAUGCUACGCUGUUUCUCGGUGAUUUGUUCGACGGAGGCCGGGAAUGGGGCACCACAAAGUCGUCUUCGCCGGAGCAACGAUACAAGAAGUAUGGAACAGACUUCUGGCUCAAAGAAUACAUCCGCUUCUCCAAUAUCUUCAUACGUACCUGGUUGAAAUAUCCCGUCACCACUGCGGCCGAACCAGCAGGUCGCCGCAUCAUGGCCUCACUUCCCGGGAACCAUGAUAUGGGCUUUGCCGCUGGCAUUCAGGCUCCUGUCAAAGAACGAUUUGACGCAUAUUUUGGGCCUCUAAACCGGAUCGAUAUCAUCGGCAACCACUCAUUUGUUCAUCUGGAUACGGUUUCAUUGAGUGCAAUGGAUCAGGUCGAUCCAGAAACGGGCAGUUCUGGUGCAGGAGACGGGAGUGCUGCUGCAACUGCCUCCAGCAAGAUUUGGAAGCCUGUGGAGGACUUUUUAGUGGAAGUGAAGAAUACCAGAGCGAAAGCGAUCUUACAUGCAUGCGAAACGCAGCUCAAUUGGAGAAACCCCGUCCAGCACCUAUUGAGGCCCGAAGUCGAAAGAGCUGCAACUAGCGAGCCAGCACAAACAGGUGUGGUAUCAACGCCGCCUCUUCAAGUGAGCUCCUCUCAAUUUCCGACCAUUGUCCUCUCUCAUAUUCCGCUUUAUCGAUCCGGCACUGCUUCGUGCGGGCCAAUGCGCGAACGAGGCCCUGCGAUUCCCCUCCAAGCUGGCUACCAAUAUCAGAAUGUCCUCACGCCACUCAUUUCGCAGGACAUAAUCAAACACCUGACGGCUGAGGAACUCGCCAUGAUCUACUCGGGCGACGAUCACGACUACUGCGAGAUCGAACAUAACGAGUUCACGGGCCGGACCAAGGAAAUCACCGUCAAAAGCGUGAGCUGGGCUAUGGGCAUUCGAAUCCCAGGCGUUCAACUAGUCAGCCUUUGGAAUCCAGUGGACGUUGAGAAAACCAUGUCUGGCACGUCGCUGUCCACGCCUAGAGACACCGUGCAGAAUCGUCUCUGCCUCCUUCCGGACCAAUUGGGCAUUUUCAUCCGCUACGGCGAGGCGCUCUGUUUGACGCUCGUCGUUCUCCUCGUCUAUGCUGCUCGCUACGUGCCCAGCACGGCUGUCGACAUCCAACGCGCCAAGUCCGCACCUUUGCUCCCCAUGUUUCGUGACCACCGCGAUUCCCAUACCUCCCAAACAUCCUCGAUCCACAACCACGACCAGCGUUUGUCCACGCGCAAGACCGGUAGUUCUGGACAUGUUUCCUCAUCAUCCCGGACGCCAUCACCUUCGAAUCUGCCGUUUGCCGGCAAACACCGCGACCAUCACCAGAGUGCUGAAGACGAUGAUGACUGGGGCAUGCCCCGUGAUGCGGCCACCAGCGUGGCGUUCACGUCAAGGAGGCCGGUCAGCCGGCUCUCGUUCUUUGGAAGAUCGCUGUGGCGGGUUGCAUGGCCAGUCGGCCUAUUUUACGUGUGCUUGAUCUGGAAUGGAUGA